AUGUCCAGGUACGUCGGUCUGAUCCUCGUUAUCCUCACGUGCGUCCACAUGCACGAAACGAAAAAGUGCGAGGGAAGUGGGCUAGGUUUGAAAUACGUGUGGGGUGACGCGCUCACGGAUCCUGCGGAUUGUAUAGGCCCGAACAACGUCCAGUAUCCGUCAGCCGCGAUAUCGAGGAGUUACAAGAGCUUGUGGGCGGGCGGUCGAAGCGCGAGAUCUCAUCAGCCACGAACGAUCGAUCCUGAAUUGACGAGGCAGGCACUUUUGCACAAUUACAAGAUCGCUCAUGGAGACUACUCGAUCGCGGAAUCCUCGCGAAACGGUAGAGCAUUCUCCCCGAAGGAGACGUGCGGCUCGCCAGCCAGAUUAUGCAAAACGAGGUACAACACCACGGCGCCCAUGUACGGAGUGAGUUUAACCAGCGGCCAACCGGUGACGAUCGUACAAAAGUUCCCAGAUCUUCUUCAGCAAGUGGUGUUCGAGGUUUGCGAGUCGAAAGAGUGCGACGUGGUCCAUGGCGAGUGCACGCAGACGUACGUGCCGUACCUGUUUCUGGUGAUUCCGCUCGGACCGGUGACCUUGACCGGGCAAGAUUACGUUCUGGUCGAGAGCGGUUGCGUCUGCAAGCCGAGAAAUUCGGCGAGCGCCACGUCGGAGCCUCCGGCCGUUCCAAGCUUUUAA